AAACUUCCUCACUUUUUCAUUUUUCAUUUCUCGCCGCUUUGCUAACCUUGGGUACAAAAACAACAUAUAUAUGGCAACGUAAUUUAUUUUAGCCUGCAUAGUUUGAAUCAAUAAAGCACAAAUAAAACCCUGUUAAACGACGCAUUUGAUUUGUUAUGCUUAUGCAGCGCCUUUCAUUUCGCGCCAUACUCCGGACAAGCGCGCGCAGGCCAAGAGCGUUUGCGCGGAUUCGCCGCUCCCAAAUCACCCUGCUCUCAGCAUUGACUUUUAUAUCACUGUUCGUCCGGGUUCACAGAAUAGGCCAGUUCGACCGGGUAAUCUGGGACGAAACGCACUUUGGCAACUUUGCCAACCACUACAUCGACAGACUAUUCUACCUGGAUGUCCACCCGCCAUUGGGCAAGCUUUUAAUUGCACUUGUGUACUGGACAUUUGGAUACCAGGGUGGUUUUGAUUUUGCCAGUGGCCACGAGUACCCUGAGACCGUGCCCUUUGUUGCCGCGAGGUGUGUGCAGGCUGGGCUGGGAGCUGGGCUCGUGCCUGUGACGUUUUGGCUGUGCCUGAGUAUGCGGCUUCCAACGGCGGGUGCCUGGCUGGCGGCGGGGUUUGUGGCAGCCGAUAAUGCAGUGAUUGGUGUUUCGCGAAUGGUUGUGCUUGACAGCAUGCUGAUGCUAGCGAAUGCCGUUGCGGUGGGAGCGUUUGUUUGUCUGAGGAAUUCCGGGCUGGCACCUGGCUCGCGCAAAUGGUGCUUUCAUAUGAUGGCGCUUGGCCUGGCGCUAUCACUGGUUUGCAGUAUCAAAGUUGUUGGUCUGCUGACGCUGGCGGUUACUGGUAUCUGCAUGCUAUCUGAUUUAUUGUGCUUUCGCAGCAGCCAGCCAAAACAAAUGAUCAUCGCAUGGUUCGCACACGCCCUGGCACUCUCGGUGAUCCCUGCGGCUGUGUACCUGGCGGGGUUUCUGAUUCAUUUCCAUAUCUUGCAAAACUACAGCCCGCAGUCGGACCACAUGGGGUCGGACUAUCUUGCGCGGUCAAACAAUUCUGCACAGCAGAUCCAGCCUCUCAACAUUUACUCGGAUUCAUUUGUUGUUCUGCGAGCAAGCGCGUAUCCGUUCGAGUAUAUGAGCUAUUAUUUUCAGAACGACACGGACGAGCACGUGCUGAUUACGAGGCGGGAGUUUGUAAUUGAAAAUUAUCUUGGAAUUCGAAUAAUGGAUUCCUCGGGCACAGAGCCGAUGUUGGUGCCCGAGAAUGCCCGCGACACAGACAAUGCCGACAAGCGUGCUGCUGCUGCUGUUCGUGACGGAAGUUUUGUAGAAAUUAGCGUGCCUAAAACAAGCCAGCAUAUGUGUAUUCCCGGCACGGAGCUUCCAAGCUCGCGUGGGCUUUUGGUCGAAUUUUGCGAAGCCAAUCGUCUGCAUGAUCUUUACGGGAAAAAUACGUGGCAAAUAGCUGUUUCCAACCAAGAAACGCCUGAACACAUGAACGACAGAAGCAAGCUGGUUCCAGUGGCGACAAAGUUCAGACUAAAGUCCAUUGAGCACAACUGCGAAGUAGCCAUCGACUACAACCACAUUGUCGAAGAAACAGCCGACCAGCAAUUAAUAAUACCGCCGUACGUAUUCGAGUGCGUUAGCGGCAGUCAGCAAGGCACAGUGUGGAGUGUCGAGCAUCAGAUAGUCACAAUUGACACGCCGACAGUUGACUUGCGCCAAAUUCUCGCCAGCAAAACAUCCCAGCAUAUUAUUACAUACGGGCGGUUGAUGCAUCUUAUAAACAGCAUGCUUUUUAUUGACCCGGAUGUCCAUAGCGAGUUUGAAAGCUCGCCCCUUAGCUGGCCUUUUUUGACAAGGCCGAUGCCAAUGGGCGGAUGGGUGGGUGGUCUGAAGUACACGCUCGUUGGUAAUCCUAUCCUGUGGUGGGCAUCAGCCAUAGUCUGUGUGUUUAUUCAUCCAUUGGUUGUGUUCUUAUCUUUGGUUAUUGGCCGCAGGUCGCACGGCAAGGUUGUCGACUUGGUUUUGCCCUGGGAGAUUCAUUUUCUCUGGGCAAUGUGGGCGGCAAAUUACUUUGUAUUUUUUGCGCUUUUUCGCGCCACAUACUUGCAUCACUAUCUGCCGGCUCUAUAUUUUAGCCUUCUGCUACUUGCGUUUUACAUUUGUAAAGGCGCUCAGGUGGUUGCCCAGACACUUCUUUCGGAUGAUGCACUGCCAGUGCAACAUCGCCGCUUGAUUACCCGUAUUCUAAUGGGAUUUGCCAUUUUGGUGCUGUUUGGAACCUUGUACGCGUACCCGCUGACAUUUGGAACCAGUGAUUCUUGCAGCCAAUAUUUAUACCCUGCGGUUAAACUUUGGAACCUUUGCGAUAUAUAUGAAAAACAAUGAAAUGUUUUUAAAGAGAACUUUUAUAAUCAGGAUUAUAUUUGAGGGAGAUUUAUUCCGGUAUAGGUUAAGAGUUCCUUGAGGACCCUGUUACCUGUCGACGAUGUUGUCAGCAAUCUGGCCUGUGGAUAGGUUUUCAAAACUGCUUAUUAUGCCGUUCAUAUCGCGCCGGACGUUGUGCAGCACCUUGUCUGAUAGCUGGCCCACAGUCAUAUCGUUGAAUAUUGUAUCGAGAGCAGCGUCGAUACUACAUCCCUGGUGGGCAAAGAAGAAGGUAAUAAGGCCGAGAAGAGCAAAUGUAAUUUUGGUAAUACUUCAUUUUUGUAAAAAAAAUAUUUUUGAUAACUAGAGAUUGAUAUUUUUAGUAUAAAACAAUUGAGAUUGAGAUUGAGAUUGGUAGAUAGAUGAAGUGGUGGUUAGUGGUUUUACUUAUUAAAAAAUUGAGCAG